GGCCGCGGGUGGGAGAGCGGGCUCGGGCGGGCCCCGCCGCCCCGCGCCGUCCCCGGCAGCCCAGCCCGCCCCGCUCCGCUGUCCCGCUCCCUCGCCGUGGCCCCCGUCGCCCCUCGGCCGGACCCGCUGCGGCCGCGGCGGCUCCACCCGCCGCCUCACGGCCCCGCCGCCGGGCAGCCCGCUUUGUGGACCGUCCCCUCACAGCCCUGGGGGUACCCGGGCCGAGCGGCAGCCCGCAGGUAGAAACUGAAAGCAACCUUAAACAUACCAGGUGCAGAGCACAAUACAGUAGCCAUGAAUGACAUUGCACAGAAAACUGAGAUUCUGCUUUCUUCAUCUAAACCCGUCCAAAAAUCCUAUGUGCCCAAGCUUCACAAGGGUGAUGUAAAGGAUAAAUUUGAAGCUAUGCAGAAAGCAAGGGAAGAAAGAAAUCAAAGGAGAUCUAGAGAUGAAAAGCAAAGAAGAAAAGAACAAUAUGUUAGAGAGAGAGAAUGGAACAGGAGAAAACAGGAGAUGAAAGAACUGCUUGGAUCUGAUGAAGACGAUGAUGCAAAAUCAUCUAAAAUAGAAAAAGGUUAUGUUCCAAAGCUAAUAGGAACUGUUAAAGGCAAGUUUGCAGAAAUGGAGAAGCAAAGGCAAGAAGAAGAAAGAAAAAGAAUGGAAGAAGAAAGAAAGCGCCGAAUUGAACAAGACAUGAUUGAGAAAAGAAAAAUUCAAAGAGAAUUAGCCAAAAAAGCACAGGAGAUUGAUGACUUAAACAAUACGGGAACUGAAUCAGCAGCAGAGGAAGGGGAUGAUUCACUGCUAGUUACAGUAGUGCCUGUAAAACCCACCAAAACACCUGGGAAGAUGAAAAUAAACUUUGAGAACACAGGGAAGGAGAAAGCAGAACAAAGAGAGAGAAGGGAUGAAGAAACGAAGCUACCAUAUGAGAAGCAAAACCAAUUCCUUAAGGAAACCAAGUGCCUUUCAUCUGUCAUGGGUGAAAACGAAGACAAUAAACCACAAGAUCCUCUGUCUCCUGGUAAGCUGAAAGUAACAUUUGAAGAACUUGAAAGGCAGAGACAGGAAAAUCAAAGGCGACAGGCAGAGGAAGAAGCAAAGCAGCGUUUAGAGGAGGAGAAACGUGCCUUUGAAGAAGCUAGACAGCAAAUGAUAAAUGAAGGUGGCGAUGAAGAAUCUGAAAAUUCUGUUAAAGAAUUCCGUCCUGGUAAACUCAGACUCAGUUUUGAGGAAAUAGAAAGACAGAGGAGAGAAGAGGAAAAGAGGAAAGCAGAAGAAGAUGCAAGACGACGUAUAGAAGAAGAGAAAAGAGCAUUUGCUGAAGCAAGGAAAAACAUGCAGGUGCUGGAUGAUGAAUCCCCAGAAAUGUUUAAAACAUUUUCUCAAGAAUCUCUUAUACCUGGUAAACUGGAAAUUAAUUUUGAGGAGUUGCUGAGACAAAAAAUGGAAGAAGAAAAGAGACGCACAGAAGAAGAGCGUAGGCAAAAGUUGGAAAUGGAAAAGCAAGAAUUUCAACAGUUGAGACAAGAAAUGGGAGAGCUGGAAGAAGAAUCUGAAACUUUUGAGCUAAGCAAAGAAUAUGAAGAAUUAAUAAAGCUAAAAAGAAGUGGUUCUAUUCAGGCAAAGAACUUAAAAAGCAAGUUUGAAAAAAUAGGACAGUUGUCUCAAGCAGAAAUACAGAAGAAGAUUGAAGAAGAGCGAGCUAAGAGAAGAGCAAUGGAUGAAGAAAUAAGAGAAAGAGAAGCUGAAAAAUUUCAAGAGGAUGAUGAGGUAGAUGCAAGACCAGCCAAGAAAUCCGAGGCUCCAUUUACUCAUAAAGUAAACAUGAAGGCCCGUUUUGAGCAAAUGGCAAGAGCGAGGGAAGAAGAAGAACAGAGGAGAAUUGAAGAACAGAAAUUACUACGGAUGCAGUUUGAACAAAAAGAAAUUGAUGCAGCAUUACAGAAGAAAAGGGAAGAGGAAGAAGAGGAAGAAGGAAGCAUUAUCAAUGGUUCUACUUGUGAAGAUGAGGAGGAUCAAGCUCGAUCUGGAGCUCCCUGGUUCAAAAAGUCACUGAAAAACACAUCAGUUGUGGAUGGCGAGCCAGUGAGAUUUACAGUUAAAAUUACUGGAGAACCAAAACCUGAAGUUACAUGGUGGUUUGAAGGGGAAAUGUUGCAGGACUCUGAGGACUAUCAGUAUAUUGAAAGAGGAGAAACCUACUGCCUUUACUUGCCAGAAACCUUCCCAGAAGAUGAAGGGGAAUAUAUGUGUAAAGCAGUCAACAACAGAGGCACAUCUGCUAGCACCUGUAUUCUCACCAUUGAAACUGAUGACUACUAAUGCUCUACUUUAGCUGGAAUCUUUCUUCCCCUCAAAACUUUCUUACUGCAUCAUCUCUUUCUCUGAUGGGGCCAACUAAAGAAAGCAAGGAUAUGCAUUGAUUCAUCAUUCCUGCAUCAGACAAGAAUAAACACAAAAUUGUGAGAGUGUCUAGGUUUCUUGCCCAGUACAAAAAAGAUUAUUAAAGGCUAAAAAGAAGGAAUCUGUGUGUGAAAGAUCAACUAAUGGAAAAAGCUGAAUUUUAAUAGUGCUCCCACACUUGAAGACCAACUGUUGUGUAACAGUACAAAGCUAAAUACACAAUCUGGGAAGUUGUGUAGUAGUGUACAUCUAUUGGUAUAUUUUGCAUGAACACUGAGUAUUUAAGCUCUUUUACUUUAUCCCAAAGGCAUUCAACUGGCGAAAGGAAAUACUUAUGAUUUAAAAAAACCUCAGUGUACUAUUUUUAAAGAAUAAAAGAUUACAUAACUGCUA